AUGCCCAUAUCUGUAAUCUGGUACAAAGAUGAAAACGAGAUCAAGACUGAUGAUAAGCACAAAUGUACAUUCUUUGAAAACACAACUUUUCUGGAAAUAAAUAGUAUUGACAGUGCAGACAGUGGCAGCUAUACCUGCAUUGCUACUAAUAAGACAGGCAAAGACCAGUGUUCUGGGGCCUUACUUGUGAAAGGUUUGGAUAACUAUUUUAUUCGUUUUCUAUAUUUAUGGAUCUUUGGUUAUCUUUGGCUUCAGAACUUUUUAGACUUUUAACUUGAAACAUGCGUUCCCCCUUUUAUUAACAGAACAACCAUCGGUUGUAGAAAAGCCUGAAUCAAUGAAUGUUUUGCCUGGAUCAAAGGUUCUGUUUAAUGUCCUUUUGUCUGGCACUCCACCCUUGACCAUUACAUGGUUUUACUGCACUUACUCUUGCAAACUGACAAAUAAAGCAGGAAGUGUUGAAUGCAGUGGGGCACUGAGGGUGAAAGGUCAGAAUUGAUCAAAUGUAUGUACAUUUUAUGUAUUUCUCUCGUGAUAGGGUCAGGCCAGCUGAUUAACAUGGUUGCUAUUGUUUCUUUAGAGCCACCAAGCUUUGUGCUGUUGCCUGAGUCUCAGGCAGCCCUUCCUAACUCCAACAUGCAAUUUAAAAGCAUGUUUAAAGGAACACCUCCUUUCACAGUGAAAUGGUUCAAGGAUGACUCUGAAUUGAUCACUGGACCGUCAUGUUUUAUCGGACUGGAAGGAUUAUCUUGCUUCGUAGAUCUUUACCCAAUCAGAGUUUUGCAGAGUGGAAUUUACUCUUGUCAAGUUAGCAAUGAUGCCGGCAUUGAAAGAUGUAGUGCCUCUUUAACGGUGAAAGGUUAGAACAUGCUCUUAUUUAAACUCUUGCAUUGGCUUCCUUUGUUCUGUCUGUCCUCGAUUGCUUUUAUCUGUGCUCCAUUGCUUUGUAUUUUCACAGCUCCUCUACCACCUCCUUUUUACAGCUCCCUCACCAGUUCACAGCACCAUUACCUGCUCCUCCAUCACAUCAACAGCUGUUGUGUCAUCUGUUAAGGAGUAAAGGCAAGAUGAAUGUGAAAAGGGAAAUGGGAACAUUUCCCUUUUCACAUUCAUCUUGCCUUUACUCCUUAACAGAUCCAUCAAAUCAUCAAAUCACAUCUUUUUGCAGUUCAUUCCAAGCCUCAUAUUCUUUCACUGUGUCAAGUUGCAUGUGCUUCAAUAAGCUAAUUUUGCAAUAUUGUGGCUUUGCAGAACCUCCUGAAUUUGUGCUAAAAUUGCCAGUCACAAAGUUUGUGAAGAAGUGCGAGCCACUCCGCCUUGAAUGCAAAGUUACAGGUGCGCCCUCUCUCCAGUGGUACAAAAAUGACACUAAGAUCACAGAUGGUGACAACUAUAGAACAUCAUUCGUUGACUCAAUGGCAGUCCUUGAGCUGCGCACCACAAGAUUUGAUGACAAUGGAGUCUACACCUGUGAAGCAAACAAUGACGCUGGAAGUAUAAGCUGCAGCACAAAUCUUACAGUCAAAGGUUAGCCAGUGAUCAAUGACAUUGGAUUUUGAUAUUUUCCAGAUGCCAUUUAAUAUUCCAUAAUAAUCCACUAUUAGUAUACUGUCUGUUGGUGGUAUUAAACUGGUAUGAAUUCGAAGCUUUGCUGCGUGUAACAAACAGAGCUAAUUCUUAACGAUUCUCAAUGUUUUGUAGAUACACCAUCUUUCCUCAAAGUACCUCAGCCAAUUGAAGGAAUGAAAGAAAAGGAUGCUAGCCUACAUUGUGAGAUGUUUGGCACAGCACCCUUUGAGAUUACCUGGUCCAAAGACAAAACGCCACUAAAGGAAAGUAGGAAAUAUAAGAUGGUGAAUGAGGUUACCGCUGCCACUCUUCAUAUCAUUGGAUUGGAAGCUUCAGAUAUUGGAGAAUAUGAGUGCAAGGCAUCAAACAGUGUAGGAUAUGAAACAUGCCGUACUACAGUUAAACUCAGAGGUUAGUAGAAAUGCGUCGUCGGUGGGCAUUUUUUUCUCCAGAUUUUUUUGAUAAUUGAUGUUCCAGCUUUUAACCAUGAACUACUCCUUCAUUAUGUUUUUUUUUCUCCUCUCCUUUUUUGUCCUCUCUCAGAACCACCAACGUUUGUUAAUAAAUUGUCGAAUACGACAUGCACAUUGGGUGAAGAAGUCACCCUGACAGCCACUGUCAAAGGCUCUCAGCCAAUGACUGCGUCUUGGGUACAGGAUAAGGAUCACAUUCUCAGAGAUGGUGACAACCGUAAAAUUACCUUCAACAACAACCAGGUCACUCUUAAAAUCUUUAAAGCAGACUCACUGGCAAUGGGCAAAUACACUUGCCAACUCCAAAAUGAUGCCGGAGUUGUGAAAUGUUUUGCUAACUUAACUGUAGGUUUGUACAUUUCCAUUUUGUCUUUAAUUCCAUUUUUCUCCCCUAAUUCACUUUGUUUUUUCCCCAGUCAUUGCUUUUUUUAUUACUCAGUUUCUGUAAGCACACCUCUGCUCAUGUUCUUUAUUUUCAGAAGCCGCUAAAGUUGUGGAUAGACCAGAGUCUUUCAGUGUGACUGCAGGUGAUGUUGCAGCUCUAGAAGUCAAAGUGUCGGGGACACCGGAGCUGAAACCAAAAUGGUUUAAGGAUGGAGUCGAGCUCUCCUCUGGCCAGAAGUACAAAAUCUCCUUCUCAAAGAUGAUCUCCAGCUUGAAAGUGUUGUCUGCAGAGAGGAUUGAUACGGGAGAAUAUACAUUUGAGGUCAAAAAUGAGGUUGGCAGUGAUCUCACCAAAUUAAACCUCACUGUCCUAGGUUGGUAGACGCUUCCUAUACACAGUAUAAUAUUACAUUUUUCUAAUUGUCUAAUUGCCUAGUGUUUUUCCUAAUGCCUGUUUACUAACUCUGUCUUCCUAUAACAGAUAAAACCAUACCUCCAACAUUCACACGGAAACUGAAGGAAUCUCAACCUAUUGUUGGAAAAGCGGGUGAAAUGGACUGCAAAGUCUCUGGUUCCACACCUUUCACCAUUACCUGGUACCAUGAUGGAGAGGAGAUCAAAACUGGACCAAACUAUGAGAUUGCAUUCAGUGACAACACCUGCACACUCAAAGUGCCCACUCUUAAGUUGUCUGACUCUGGAGUGUAUAAAUGCAAAGCCGUAAACAAGGCCGGAACCAAUGAGACCAGUGCCUCUUUCAUUGUGAAAGGUCAGUAAAUAUACAGUACUUGUUUGAGCUUCGUAAUGACUAUUGCUUUGUGAUGUAACUGAUUUAAUGUCAGAUGUCUGCAAGCUAAAAAGUAUGUAUUUUUUGUAUUUAGAACCUCCUUCUUUUGUGAUGCCACCUCAGCCAUUGGAAGCAAUGCCUUGCACAAAUGUAACUUUCUCAGCAAUUGUCAAAGGAAGUGCCCCACUGAAACUGAAAUGGUUCAGAGGCACCACAGAAAUUGUGUCUGGAAAAGGCUGUGAAAUUGCUCUACGGGACAAUACAGCUACUCUGGAGCUAUCCAAAAUUGACAAAUCCCAUGCUGGAGAGUAUACAUGCCAGAUUAUUAAUGAUGCUGGGACGGAAAGUUUCCUAGUUAACCUGUCUGUGAAAGGUUGGUCAAUUAUUUUAAAAAAUAUAACAGAAUUAAAACAACAUUUUAAAAAAUGUAUCAGAAUGUUGACUAACAAACCUCUGUAUGAUUUUACUCAGAACCUGCAAGAUUUGUUAAGAAGCUGAAGGACCACUCUGUUGAAAAGGGAAACUCAUUGAUACUUGAGUGCACAUACACUGGAACACCAAAGAUAUUUGUCACCUGGUAUAAGGAUGGAAAACAGCUAUAUGCCUCUUAUAAGCACAACGUCACUACCACUGAGACCUCCUGCAUCUUGGAGUGUUUAAACAGUGACGAUAAGGAAGCAAGUGGGGAAUACGCUUGUGAAGUUUCCAAUGACGCCGGAAAAGAUACCUGCAAAGCACAAGUGUUCAUUUUAGGUUAGUUUGCCUAAAUUGACCUGUUAAUGUAUUGGGAUUGUCCCUGUACUGUAUGUACUGUUUCUGAUGAUUUCUGAUUUAACGGUUUAUAUCUGUCACUUUAGAACCACCUUAUUUCAUUGAGAAUUUGGAGCCAAUGGAAGUGACUGCUGGUGAUGCAGUUUGUUUGAAAUGCCUUGUUGGAGGAACCCCUGAAGUAAAGGUGGCUUGGUUUAAGGCCGACAGAAAAGUGAGGUCCUCCCCUACUUGCAAAAUAGAGUAUUCCAAAGGCAUUGCUUGCUUGAAAUUGAGCAAAGCAGCCAAGGCUGAUAUUGGUGAAUACACAUGCAAAGCUGAAAACAGAAUAGGAUCAGCCUCUUCCAGCUGCCGUCUCUCUGUCCAAGGUGAUGCCCGUCGUCUUUUAUUUAGGAAUGUUCUCUUUUUAAUCCGAAAAUAUUCUGCUUUGACUCUGCAGUGUUUAUGAAAUUAACUAGUAUGAAGAACUGUCAUAAUAUUUUGAAGCUAAUGUCAUAUUGUUUGUCAAAUUAUCCUAUUUUCAGAGGCAAAAACGCCACCUACCUUCCCCAAGAAAAUAACCAGUAGUCAACAGACUGAAGGAAUGGAAGUCAAAUUUGAGUGCUGUGUGGCAGGCUCCUCACCCAUUGAGGUCUCUUGGCUUAAAGACGGUGAAACUGUGAAAUCCAACGACUAUACCAUGAGUUAUGAUGAUAACACUGCUGUCCUACAAAUAGCCAGAGGUGAAAUGAGACACUCUGGGGAAUACACUUGUGUUGCAACCAACAGUGUUGGGACUGCAUCCUGCAGAGCCAAACUCACUCUUCAAGGUCGGUCGGUUUUUCCUCAAAGAAGUAGUUUUUUACUUGUUGACUGAGAGUGCACGUCCUGUAUUAGUACAGUAUCAUAUUGUACAGUAUCAAUGCUUUCAUUUUAAAGUACGCUGUAUGUUCCAACUCUUUCCCAUAAUUGAACUUUUAGAGCCAAGAUAUCCCCCUGUCUUUGAUAAAAAGCUGUCACCCGUGGUGGACGUUUCAGUGGGUGAUAGUGUGGAAUUGGAAUGCCACAUGACUGGAUCUUUGCCAAUAAAAGUAACUUGGUCAAAAGAUCACAAAGAUAUUCGAUCAGGGGGAAAUUACAAGAUGUCCUGCGUGGAUAACACCCCACACCUUACUAUAUUGAAAGCAGAUAAAUCCGAUUCUGGCCGCUACUUUUGCCAUGCCACUAAUGACAUUGGAAAGGACUCUUGUUCCACUGAAAUUACUGUCAAAGGUAUUUGGCCCACUGCCUCAAAAUUGUAGUCCCUCUCAUGUUUCUUGAAAGAAACUUUUGGUAUAGUACUGUUUGCUUUAGCCUCCUUUGUCACAUUACGUGAACAUUGCAAUAUUGUUUUGUAAACCAUUAAUGUUUUAACAUUUAUUUUCAGUGCGCAAAAUCCCACCUACAUUCACCAGAAAGCCCACAGAGACCCUAGAGGAUACGGAGGGCAAGAUGGUGACGAUUGAGGCACGUUUGUCUGGAUCUCAACCCAUGACCAUUAAUUGGUAUAAAGAUGACUGUGAGAUUCACAGCUCUGAUCACUAUGACAUGUCUUUCAAGAGCAAUGUGGCUGUGUUGUGUAUCAAGAGCUCCAAAGUCUCAGACUGUGGCAGGUAUAUCGGCACAGCCACCAAUGAAGCAGGCAGUGCCUCUUGCAAAUUGACAGUGACCAUAAAUGGUAGGUCCAUAUUAUUAUUUGUCUACUAUGUUGUGUUUCUACAUAGAAAGUUAGAUGUAAAUAAUGUGUCUGCAUUUCCAUAUGCCAUGUAUGUUUUUCCAUGACUCUUCCCUAUUAAUCCAGAACACAAGAAGCCCCCUACAUUUGACCCCGCUCUCAAACCUGUCACGCUGACCGAGGGCGAGAACCUGCAUCUUAGCUGCCAUAUCCAUGGAUCCCCUCCUAUGAAGAUUCAGUGGAUGAAGGACAGGAAAGACUUGAAAAACACUUCCAGCACUAAAAUAAUUUUUGCUGAUGGCGUUGCCUUUUUGGAGGUCAUGCGUGUAUCAAAGAAUGAUGCAGGGGACUAUCUCUGCAAGGCAACCAAUGAGGCUGGUAGUGAAUUCUGCGAGGCCAAAGUAACUAUCAAAGGUACACGUUCUGGACCAUAUUUCUAUUCAGAUCAUGUCCAAUAAUUUGUUGAAACAGCGGUCAUGAAUGAAUUAUUAUGGUUUUUAUAACAGACUUCUUGAAUGAUGCUUUAUUGCAGAGAAAUCCAAAGCAGCACCUGAACCCGCUGAAGAGGAACCAACAGCAGCACCAUUAAAGAAACUGGACAACUUGUUCUUCAUCGAGGAGCCCAAGACUUGCCAUGUAGCCGAGAGUAAGUGUGAUGAAAAUAGAUUUAGAAGCAUUUCAUUAGUAUACCAUUAACAGCCUACAGUGUUUAUUAAUAGUUGGAUAUCUGACAUUUCCAUAGCAAGUGAAGUCUUCAAUAUGUUGCAUUAAAUUUACAGUGGGCACUGCAACGUUCAUUGCCAAGGUUGGCGGUGAUCCCAUUCCUAAUGUGAAAUGGAUGAAGGGCAAGUGGAGGCAGAUCACUCAUGGUGGUCGCAUCACUAUUGAGCAGAAGGGUCAGGAGGCCAAGUUGGAGAUCAGGGAAAUAACAAAGUCUGACUCCGGACAGUACAGAUGCGUUGCAUCUAACAAAAAUGGAGAAAUAGAAUGCAACACCGACAUGCAUGUUGAGGAAAAGAAAGAGGUCGCCGGAGUUGAGGGAGACUUCAGAGCAAAACUGAAGAAGUAAGUGAAUCUCUCUUUGACGAUUGUGUCGCUACCUUCCACAUUUCACAAGAAACUACAGAAAUAAUAUUUUCCAUGUGUAUCUCGUCUCUGUUUUUCCUCCACAGGACUCCAUCUAAACAGAAGAGUCCUCAGGAAGAGAAAGACAUUGACAUUGUAGAGUUGCUCAGAAAUGUGGACCCUAAGGAGUAUGAGAAAUACGCCCGUAUGUAUGGAAUCACUGACUACCGUGGACUUCUUCAGGCCAUUGAACAGCUGAAGAGGGAGAAAGCAGAGGAAAGUGGAAGACCGGUAAAUUCAUUUAACAUUAAGUUGUAUUCAAUUGAAUUUAAUGGCUUUUUAUAUUUUUCGGAACACAACUUACUAUUAGUCAUACAAUACUGAAUUUUGUUGCUUUUUUAAAGACAUAAUAGUCAUACUCUAACUAGUUCUGCUAUGUCUUUUGGUGUGAUUUAGGAACCGGAGAGAGAGAGAGAAUCGGAUGAGGAUUUGGGCGCUCUUGUGGCUGAUUUGCAAAAGAGAAUGGAAUGUACUGAGGUAGGUUCCUCAUUAGCUAUCACAAUGAAAUGUCUGACAGUGACAAAAGCAGUAAUUAAUCAUAUAUUAUAUGCAUAUUUAUUUACAUUAAUGUCUAAGCACAUAUUUCUCCUUUAUCUGCUUGUAGCCAGUCACCGUGAAUAAGGACAUAACAGAUCAAUCUACAGUCACCAACAAGGUCGCUACCUUUGAGUGUGACAUCAAGAUCAACUACCCUGAGAUCACCCUGUCCUGGUACAAGGGAACUCAGAAGCUUGACAACAACGACAAAUACGAAAUCAGCAUUGUCGGUGACCGUCACAUCUUGAAGAUCAAGCAGUGUAAAACCAAAGACCAAGGCAACUACCGUGUUGUAUGUGGCCCACAUAUCUCUAGCGCCAAACUGACUGUUAUCGGUGGGUAUCCAUGGAUCUGCAUUUGUAUAUUUUGUACUUACAUUAAUGUUAUUGAUUUAAGUCUUUAUAUUGUAUUGGUAAAUACUAAUAGCGAUGCACUUUUGUUAUUUGUUUCUUUACAGAGCCUGAGGUUGAGAAACAUCUGGAGGAAGUUGCAGGUAAGGAGGGGCAAACAUGUACACUGUCUUGCCAGUUUUCUAUCCCUAAUGUCAAAACACAGUGGUUUAAGAAUGGAAAGCUCUUAGAAAUGAAAGGCAGAUACUCGUAUGAGGUGGUCAACAACGUUCAGAGGCACUCGAUUAAAGACAUCAGACCCGAAGACCAAGGACGUUAUAUCUGCAGAUACUGUAUGAAAACCUUGAAUCAACUGCAGAUCUAUGGGUUGAAGGUUUGUAUAGAUUUAACCGUAGAAUGGGUUGAUGUUGCAUCUACCUUCAUGUUGUGGAGUGAAGAUCAUCACAACCUGACCAAUUUUUUCCCUCAUCACACAUUUUGUCACUAAUAUUUAAAUAUUUUCACUCAUUUUCUAUUUUUUGCACUUUUGAUUUGACAUAUUCAUUUUCUUCCUGGAGCGCUCUGAUAAUACAUGUAUGUUUUUACUUUCUUACCCUUUUUGGUCUUGCAACUUUGCCACAAACCAACAUUUAUCUGUCUUUCUCUCUUUCUGUCUUUUGACUUUUCGUCUCGACUUUCAUCCCAUUGAGUCAUCCAAACGAUCUGUUGAACACAUUCUAACAGCACAUCUAUUCUUCAUUGUCCAUAUAUUCACCAUUUGACUUCCACAUUUGAGUUAGAAUUAUGAGAAUAACCAAAAAUAUUCAAAUUGAACUAAAUUCAUCACCACAUGUUAUCAGUUUUAGCUUAAAAAUUCACUUCACCAAACAUAUCCAGAACAUUAUGGUGGGCGAAUGCCAAGCAGCCACCUUCGAAUGCCAGGUGUCUUUCGACAAUGCCAUCAUUAGAUGGUACAAAGGCACCUGGGAACUCAGAGAGUGCCCAAAGUAUAACUUCAGAAGCGAAGGCAGAAUACAUUUUAUGAUCAUCCGCAAUGUAACCAAUGAAGACGAAGGUGUGUAGAGUUGCGACAAACCAGCAUUUGGCAGAUUUUUUUAUUCUCAUUUCCCAGAUGAAUACAAUCAGAAUGGAUUAUACAAUUAUCUUAAUUACUAAUCCUUUAGGCGUUUACUCGGUCAUUGUGAGGUUGGAGCACAGAGGGGAAGCUAAAAGCACAACUGAGCUUUAUCUUUCAAGCAAAGGUUGGUAUAGUCGUUAGCAUUUGUUUUGUUUUCCAGCUGUCUGAAUCUCAUUGUUGUUUUCAUUCCGUUUUUAAUAUUUAAUCUUCCUUUUUCACAGAAAUUGAAUUAGCAAGGAUACCCCAUGGUAAGUAUUUGAUUUCUAGCCAUAAAACCUUUCAAAUGUAUCACAAUUAUGACUUAUCUUUUAUAUAUCUUUAAUAUUUAAACCCAAUUCAUCAUCCUUUAGAUGUCCCUGGUUCAUCAAUACGAGUCCCUGAUAUGCCAUCUUCAGUCUCUCUCAAAGGUAAGAACGGGACAUAAGAUAAAGCAUUAAUUAUAUAAAUCUAAACUAACCUUGUGAAUAUGAAUACUCAACAUAAAUAUAUGUUUUUUUAAAGAAUCUUCUGAAUACUAUUAUGAAGAAGAGAUGGAAAUGAGAGGUAUAUAGCCUUGCAUUGUUUUAUAUUAAUUGUAUUUCCAUCACCAUCAAACCCUUUAAAUUCAUCAUAAAAUAAUUCACUAACGUUCGAUUAUUGUGUGAGAGUUACGUCAUAUUAAUAGUAACCAUUACCAUUAUCACUAUCUCCAUGUUUUUACAUGAUUCCAUAUGUGUUAUUUCAUAGUUUUGAUGUUUUCACUAUUAUUCUACAAUGUAGAAAAUAGUCAAAAUAAAGAAAAACCCUUGUAUGAGUAGGUGUGUCCAAACGUUUGACUGGUACUAAAUGUGUACACCUCCUAAAAAGAAUCUUCAACUUACUAACAUGACCUAACUACUGUUUCUGUCAAUGAUCACCACCAUCAAUUUAACCAACUCCAUUUGAACAUGUUUGUACACGUUUGUACACCUUCUAAAAAGAUUAUUCCGUUUUUGUAACACGACCUAACCAGUUUUCCAGCAUUUCUUCAUGCUCCCCACGCUCAUCUACACAACUAAAUAUUUUUUUAAUAUUCAGAAAUGUUUGUAUUUUUUUGAUUGUCAUCAUUGUAACCCUUUAUUAGAGUAGGAAAGCUGGGCAGAAGAGACAAUAGUACAGAAAAUCUCUACAACCACAGGUAUCCCUUAGAAUAGAUGUUACCAUUGCAGUUUAUGUCUGCUAGCAGCUAACUCAAGCGGGCAAGCAGUUAAUCUUUAACGUUCCACCUUGAGCCACAUUAUGCUACUACAUUGGUAUUAACAUGUUUGGUGCUUAAAAUCAAUGUUGUCUGUCUUUGUAUGUUUGAGCCACCUUUUGAAAAUAUCUUGGCACAGAAUAUAUGGGCUCCUACUCUUUGUAUGUGUCAUCGUGCCGUAGUGCACUAGCGUGUCUUUGAAACUCAUACACAAAUCUCAUGUCUUUCUCUCUCCUUUGUUGUCCGACAGGAGUAAUUUCAUUUGUGAGUUUAUAUGUGUGUUAUAACCGUGAACCUCUCUCCUUAGUUAAUGUGCCUUGUUGAAACAAAGAUACUAAUAUAUUCUCAUUGUCUUAUCAGCCCCGAGAGUACCUGUUGAGGAGGAGUCUGUAGAGAGUAAGAAGUUUGGAAUGAGGGAGGAAAUGCCACAAAAAGGUAUUGAAAGAACAGCUUUUGUCUGUCUAGGUUUACAGCAAUGUUAAAAGUUCAUUAUCUUGUUAAUGUGUGGCAAACAUGUUCAUAAUAUUGUUUGUUUCAAUUGGUAAACUCUUUGAGAGCUUGUUUUUGUUUUAACUGUGUCAAAGGUUUUCCCUAUCAUGUCGUGUUCAAUUUCUUUAGAUGUCUUAGUUUAACCUUGGUUUGUACUGUCAGUAUUUAUGAUAUUUUAUUAUUUGCUCUUAAAUUGAUCAUGCAUAAUGGCUUAUGUGUUUGUCAGUACUGUCUUCCCUAAUAUGAUGUGCUUCUUUGGCAAGUACCUUACGUGCGUAUACAUGGAUGUCCACAGUAGAUAGAGCUUUGCUACAUUGGGCUAACACAAUUAGUGUCUUUAAAGUCUCUGAAGCUCACAAGAAACCAGAGGAGAAGGAUAAACCAGCUGAGGCAGCAGAACCACAUAAAGGUAUCCAAAUAUCUGCAUUUCUGAGUUGUUUCUUUUGUGAUUAAUCUGGUUGAUGUGUGUACAUGUCGAUAAAUUACAGUUGAAGUCGGAAGUUUACAUACACCUUAGCCAAAUACAUUUAAACUCUGUUUUUCACAAUUCCUGACAUUUAAUCCUAGUAAAAAUUCCCUGUCUUAGGUCAGUUAGGAUCACCACUUUAUUUUAAGAAUGUGAAAUGUCAAAAUAAUAGUAAAGAGAAUGAUUUAUUUAAGCUUUUAUUUCUUUCAUCACAUUCCCAGUGAGUCAGAAGUUUACAUACACUCAAUUAGUAUUUCGUAGCAUUGCCUUUACAGUGAGGGUAAACAAGUAUUUGAUCCCCUGCUGAUUUUGUAGGUUUGCCCACUGACAAAGAAAUGAUCAGUCUAUAAUUUUAAUGGUAGGUUUAUUUGAACAGUGAGAGACAGAAUAACAACAAAAAAAUCCAGAAAAACGCAUGUCAAAAAUUUUAUGAAUUUAUUUGCAUUUUAAUUAGGGAAAUAAGUAUUUGACCCCCUCUCAAUCAGAAAGAUUUCUGGCUCCCAGGUGUCUUUUAUACAGGUAAUGAGCUGAGAUUAGGAGCACACUCUUAAAGGGAGUGCUCCUAAUCUCAGUUUGUUACCUGUAUAAAAUACACCUGUCCACAGAAGCAAUCAAUCAAUCAGAUUCCAAACUCUCCACCAUGGCCAAGACCAAAGAGCUCUCCAAAAAUGUCAGGGACAAGAUUGUAGACCUACACAAGGCUGGAAUGGGCUACAAGACUAUCGCCAAGCAGCUGGUGAGAAGGUGACAACAGAUGGUGUGAUUAUUCGCAAAUGGAAGAAACACAAAAGAUCUGACAAUCUCCCUCGGCCUGGGGCUCCAUGCAAGAUCUCACCUCGUGGAGUUGCAAUGAUCAUGAGAACGGUGAGGAAUCAGCCCAGAACUACACGGGAGGAUCUUGUCAAUGAUCUCAAGGCAGCUGGGACCAUAGUCAACAAGAAAACAAUUGGUAACACACUACGCCGUGAAGGACUGAAAUCCUGCAGCGCCCGCAAGGUCCCCCUGCUCAAGAAAGCACAUAUACAGGGCCGUCUGAAGUUUGCCAAUGAACAUCUGAAUGAUUCAGAGGAGAACUGGGUGAAAGUGUUGUGGUCAGAUGAGACCAAAAUCGAGCUCUUUGGCAUCAACUCAACUCGCCGUGUUUGGAGGAGGAGGAAUGCUGCCUAUGACCCCAAGAACACCAUCCCCACCGUCAAACAUGGAGGUGGAAACAUUAUGCUUUGGGGGUGUUUUUCUGCUAAGGGGACAGGACAACUUCACCGCAUCAAAGGAACGAUGGACGGGGCCAUGUACCGUCGAAUCUUGGGUGAGAACCUCCUUCCCUCAGCCAGGGCAUUGAAAAUGGGUCGUGGAUGGGUAUUACAGCAUGACAAUGACCCAAAACACACGGCCAAGGCAACAAAGGAGUGGCUCAAGAAGAAGUACAUUAAGGUCCCGGAGUGGCCUAGCCUGUCUCCAGACCUUAAUCCCAUAGAAAAUCUGUGGAGGGAGCUGAAGGUUCGAGUUGCCAAACGUCAGGCUCGAGUAAAGUACUGAGUCAGGUUUGUAGGCCUCCUUGCUCGCACACGCUUUUCAGUUCUGCCCACACAUUUUCUAUAGGAUUGAGGUCAGGGCUUUGUGAUGGCCACUCCAAUACCUUGACUUUGUUGUCCUUAAGCCAUUUUGGCACAACUUUGGAAGUAUGCUUGAGGUCAUUGUCCAUUUGGAAGACCCAUUUGCGACCAAGCUUUAACUUCCUGACUGAUGUCUUGAGAUGUUACUUCAAUAUAUCCACAUAAUUUCCUCAUGAUGCCAUCUAUUUUGUGAAGUGCACCAGUCCCUCCUGCAGCAAAGCACCCCCACAGGACGAUGCUGCCACCCCCAUGCUUCACGGUUGGGAUGGUGUUUUUCGGCUUGCAAGCAACCCCCUUUUUCCUCCAAACAUAACGAUGGUCAUUAUGGCCAAACAGUUAUAUUUUUCUUUCAUCAGACCAUAGGAUAUUUCUCCAAAAAGUACGAUCUUUGUCCCUAUGUGCAGCUGCAAACCGUAGUCUGGCUUUUUUAUGGCGGUUUUGGAGCAGUGGCUUAUUCCUUGCUGAGCGACCUUUCAGGUUAUGUCGAUAUAGGACUCGUUUUACUGUGGAUAUAGAUACUUUUGUACCUGUUUCCUCCAGCAUCUUUACAAGGUCCUUUGCUGUUGUUCUGCGAUUGAUUUGCACUUUUCGCACCAAAGUACGUUCAUCUCUAGGAGACAGAACGCGUCUCCUUCCUGAGCUGUAAUACGGCUGCGUGGUCCCAUGGUGUUUAUACUUGCGUACUAUUGUUUGUACAGAUGAACGUGGUACCUUCAGGCGUUUGAAAAUUGCUCCCAAGGAUGAACCAGACUUGUGGAGGUCUACAAUUUUUUCUGAGGUCUUGGAUGAUUUCUUUUCAUUUUCCCAUGAUGUCAAGCAAAGAGGCACUGAGUUUGAAGGUAGGCCUUGAAAUACAUCCACAGGUGCACCUGCAAUUGACUCAAAUGAUGUCAAUUAGCCUAUCAGAAGCUUCUAAAGCCAUGACAUAAUUAUCUGGAAUUUUCUAAGCUGUUUAAAGGCACAGUCAACUUAGUGUAUAUAAACUUCUGACCCACUGGAAUUGUGAUACAGUGAAUUAUAAGUGAAAUAAUCUGUCUGUAAACAAUUGUUGGAAAAAUUUAGUGUGUCAUGCAGAAAGUAGAUGUCCUAACCGACUUGCCAAAACUAUAGUUUGUUAACAAGAAAUGUGUGGAUUGGUUGAAAAACAAGUUUUAAUGACUCCAACCUAAGUGUAUGUAAACUUCCGACUUCAACUGUACCUAAGUUUGUCUCUCCUGUUUAAAAAAAACUCUUAGUAAAGAAAUUAAUGGCUUUUGCUUGAGAUAUUCUACUUUUGCAUGAGUUUUUGUCUGUGUAAAGUAACCAACUUCCACUACUGUAAAUUAAAAUGAUUAGAUUAAUUUUAUUUGUCCCAACACAUUAACUCAGUGAUAACUUAGCAUAAUAGGGAAAAUGAACUUACUGUGAUUAUAUUUUCAAGUACCUGAAGUCAAAAAGCCAGUGGAGGAGAAGAUAACUGCAAAGGUUGUCCCAGAGAAACACCCCUCUCCAAAAGGUAUAGUCUUACAUCAGAAAUUAUGAACUUGUCUAACAAUCUUGUCAUGCUUGUCAUGUAUUCUUAAUUUUCUUUAAACUAAAUCAGUGACUUUGUUUGUUUUUGAUGAUUGUUAGUGUGGUUGUUUCUUUAUUUUCGUCAACUUCUUUAUUUCCUUUAACUGUCCGUAAUUGUUUUGUGUUUAUUUUAAUGACUUCUGUAAAUUAUAUUCUACUCUUUUUUUUGGUGUAUGUAAUUGCUCACUUUCAAUAUCUUAAAAAAACAUGAAGAAGCAAAGAAGCCUGCCCAUAAGCUAGCUGAGAAACCUGAACAGGUUCCAUUAAAGAAAGGUAUACUGCGUUUUUCCAUAUGCUUCAGAAAUGCUCCUACUGCUGCUACUUUAGCUCUUAGGAUGAGUGUCUGUCCUGAAUAUUUCGUCUUCUUGUCAGUUUCAUGCCUGUCUACACAGUUUCUAAAUAUUCUAUGCAGUGUAUAUUAUUAUCCCAAGGGAUUGUGUGAAUAAGUUUGUUCACGUUUGUCACUUUGUGAAUUGUGUUUAGUUAAGUUGUCUCAAUCUUACUCUUGGCACACCAUUUUAUGGCUUUCAGUCUUGCACCCGCUUUUUCUUGAUAGCCCAUAGCUUAUAUUGUUUUUAAUGUGUAUGUCUGUAUUACGUGAAGAUGUGCCUCAAGCUGCACCCCAUGUCGCUGAGCCAAAAGCUGAGCCAAAACCAGAGCCUAAAUUUUCACCUGCGGCUAAGGUUGAACCUGAACCGAAGCGUGCGCCUAUAAAGAAACCAGAGAGUCCACCAUCCAAAGGUAUUUCUGUCAUGUGUUGUUGUGUGGUGGAUUUAUUCUCCUCUCUAAUGUCCCCUCUCUUUUGUUUGUGGACUCGUACGUGUUUCUGUAUGUAAUAUGUUUAAAUAGCUUCUAACAUAGAAGUAAAUCUUUAUAUUGUGUCAUAUGUGUAUGUAAUGUAAGUAUUACCUUGGUUAGUGAACUCUAAAUCAUGUUACUUUAAGUUCCCGAGGAGGCUAAGAAACCAGAGGCCUCAAAACCAGAACCAGGAAACCCAACAGCAGUUAAAAAGCCAGAGACAGCAUCUACUCGUGCUCCAAAGGAGCCAGAGCCUACUCCUGCUGCCAAGAAGGUCCCAUCACCACAAGGUAUCAGUAUCUCUUAAAAGAGAUGCAGCUUUCUGAGUCUUUUAAAAACUUGUCUGCUCUUUAUACUCUUCUGUUUGUCACUCCAUCUUUGUCUGUCUUUGUCUGACUGUGGCAUUAGAACGUUUAAGACUAGUGUCUCCUCAAAUGAGGAUGUGUUGCAACCACAUUUAUGUUUGUCUCUGCUAUACCAAAUUAUUUAUUCGAUAUUUCAAGUCGAUUUAUGUGUAAUCUGUCACUCUUUGUCUUGUUAUUGGCAUAAUGGAAUCCAUAUUUGGAAUCUGUAUUUGUUGUUUUCUGUUUGUCAGUAAUAUGUCUGUUUGCUGUGCUUUCAUCACAGCAUAUAGUAUAUUACUGAUCAUUUGCAUGUUCUUUUGAAGUGCCAGAAGAACUAAAAAGGCAGGAGGUAACUCCACAGCAACCAGCUACCAUCCCUCAAAAAGUGGACAGAGAGGACAUAGAGCCUCAAAUGCAACCUGUGCCAGAACAAGGUAUACUCACUAUAGGUUGUCAAUGCUUCUUCCAUUAAUGUUUAAUGGCUUUCUUCUCAUCAACCCCAGCUUUGAACAUCUCUGUCUUGUUUUUUCUAUGUUUGGUAUUUUCUAACUUUUACGUCACAAUGUUAUAUGAACUGUUUGCCUUUUUAAAUGUUUACGCACAACUGAAAAGUCUUUGCACCAAUUGCUUUAUUUUGUCUCUUCAUAAUCAGUUUCAUACAGUCUUACCACUCGAUAGAGUGUGAUAUCUGUAAUGUCUGUGUUUGAAACUACUUUCUUGAAUAUCUUAAUGUACUGUAUAUGCAUGCUUUUAACAAACUUAAAUGGUGUUUUAAGUUCACGUGGAGGAAAGAAAACCAGAACCUACAAAGUCUGUCAGAAAGCCUGAAUCAGUUAUUGUGACUCCAAAGGAGGAUACACCGCUAAAAGGUAGGGAUUUAUGUACUGACUUAUGUACUGUACGUACUGUGUACUGUGAUGUCUUAAGGGUCUUCUUGAACUCUUUUUUGUCCUAUGUUUACCAUCUUCCACCUCUCAGUUUUCCUCAGUUCUCUUGGUUUGAAAAUCUAUUCACAAGGGUAACACUUUACUUGAACUAUCACCAUGAUGCUGACUUAAUGGUGUUACAAUAUGACAUUAUAUUAGACUUAUAGUUAACCAUAAGUUGUUAAGACUGUUUCAGACAUGGUUCAUGAUAUGUUUGUGACCAUGUCAACAAUAUGGUUGAAGUAAAGUGUUGACGAUGUCUUUGUCGGAUUUGACGUAUGUUAUGUGACAACACUUCUGUCAAUCUUCUGUGUUGCCAAUGUAUUAUGUGUGUGUUGUGUGUGUGUGCUUCAAGUGAUGGAGCCCAAACAAAAACCUGUACCUGUUGAGAAAGUACCUGAGAAAAUACCUACUGAAAAGGUACCUGUUACUAAACCUAAAAAGGAGAUGGAAGAAGAAAAGAAAGUUCCAACUUCAGAAACAGAAGUUAUUCCACAAAGAAAAGGAACUCUGCCAGACACAGGUAAUCGAAGUGUUCUGUAUGUUUGUGUUCAAAAUUCUAAAAUCGUACUUUACUUAGAUAUUUAUCUUAGACUGUAGAUAUCAGGUGCAUAAUGGUACACCAGUACUACUGUCUUUUAAUCUGUGUUUUUUUUACGCAAUGCUUGUCUUUAUGUUGUGUUUUGUCAUUAAUCUCUUGCGACCACCAUUUGGUGGGAACUCUUGAAAACAUCUUUAGAUGACUUCUAGUCUUCAGAUGGCUGAGAAAAGGAGAUCUUUGCAAACUCACAAGUUGCUUACACAAUGGAGAGAGCUCCUCCAAUAGAAGAAGUCUUUCAGCAUGAAGAAGUGGGGCAUGCAAAUGCAAAGAUAUCAUACGAAGACAAAGGGAAUAUAUUGGACAAGAGCACUACAUUGAUUUCACGACAGGAGAUUUCAGUAAAGACAGAAAAUACCCUCCCAGAAAAAGUAUCUAUCCAAAAAUAUAAAAAGUCAGAUAUGAAACAUGAACAACCUGUUAGCGAGGUUUCCAACAGGAAAGACAGAGCUACUAAGGUUCUUACUAGGUCUGAUCUAGAGGCAGAUUUACCAGUCAAACAGGAUAGAUAUCUUCAGAGGGAGUCUCCUGAAUCGUCUACAAAAGUAAAAGAAACACUUUUGUGUUUACCCUGCAAAAACUAA